AUUUUGCGCGCGCGAACAAGGUGGUCUGGCGUCGCGUAAACAUAGACGAGGCACAAUGAACCAGAGCGAAUUCAAUCUGCAGAAGGUACAUGGAAGUGGUGGAUAUGACUCAGAUUUCAGUGAUGAUGAAGGUGGAGGAGGAUCACAACAUGGACAAAACAGAAAAUAUGAAGACGAGCUGUUGCAGAAGCCAUUCCAGCGAGGAAAACACACGAAGGUCGCACAUAGAAAUGUGGCUGCUGAUGAAUGGGACAGAGAGGAGGCCAGGAACCGACGACAUCAUCUCAUAUCAAUGAAUGCUUUUGAUAGACAUAAGAAGUUUGUCAGUGAUUACAUUCUGUACUAUGGAGGAAAGCUGGAAGACUUCAAAAGAUCCUUGGCUUCAGAUAAGACUGAUCUGGAUGUGGUGAGAGAAAACCAUCGCUUUCUCUGGAAAGAUGAGGAUGAGGAGGAUAUGACAUGGGAAAAAGAGCUUGCAAAAAAGUAUUAUGAUAAGCUCUUCAAAGAGUACUGUAUUGCGGACCUCAGCAGAUACAAAGAAAAUAAGUUUGGAUUUAGAUGGCGUAUUGAAAAUGAAGUAAUAUCAGGAAAAGGCCAGUUUCUUUGUGGGAACAAGCGCUGUGAGAAGCAGGAAGGUUUGAAGAGUUGGGAGGUGAACUUUGCCUAUGUGGAGCAAGGCGAGAAGAGGAACGCUCUGGUCAAACUGCGUCUCUGUCCGGAAUGCUCCUUCAAACUGAACUAUCACCACAAGAGAAAGGAGGUCAAAGUUCAGAAAAAACGCAGACCGAGAGACGAUGGAGAUGAGCCGCAGGCAAAGAAAUUCAAGUCAUCAUCCCAUUCUAAGAAACAUAAACGCAAGGAGAAACGCAAACACAAAAAGAGACUAAAAGAAUACUCCUCCUCCAGUUCAGAAGAUUCUGUGGAAUCAGACAAAGGGGAUGGUGAGGGCCCCUCAGAGUCCGAGCACUGGAAAGGCCCAGCUCCUGCUACGGGGGAGAAGUCACGGGAGGAGGAGUUUGACGAGUACUUUGAGGACAUGUUUCUCUGAGAACAUUGGGCACACAGAACAACUUGGACCUGGAAAUGUAACGGCAAAGUUUUUGUAUAGAAUUCAUUGCUGGUCUGAGAUCGGUGAACAGUUUGAGUAAAAAGCUCCCUCUUCUGUUCAUUGCUUAGUUCUUAUGUUCUGACUGUUUGACCUGGAAUUUAGUUUCAACAGCUUUGGGUAGGAACGUUCAAAGGGCAUGUUCAUAUACUAUUUGUAUGCAUAGGAGAUAAAAAGGAUUCCAAACAGAAACUGAAGUUUCAAAGAAAGCGUUUCACAUCAGCAGAUGUAGAGGUAAUCAAUGUACAUCCCACAAAAUAUCUAAACAAUGACUCAACUGAAUUCAUGAGCACCAAACUAAACACUGUGCCAAUACCCCACAGUCCAUGGUUGGGUGGAGAGAACAACCAUCACCCAAGAAGAGUUCUGCCCCAUUACUCUUGUCUUUAGUAGUCAUUUAAUCAGCAUGUGUGAUCACUUUUUUACUGCCUACCAGCCUGCUUUCCUCGUAUUUGGCAGCUACAUUUUCUUGCGAUUACCAAUUGAGCUGUAGAUUUUGACUGAACCAAUCUGCCGGUUGACUUGGCUGCUAGCCAAUUACCUGAGCCUCUUUACCACCGGCUGAUCCAGCUUUGUUAACUAAUCCCUCUGAUGGAGAAGUCAUGGGGAUGGCCAGUGCUUAAAAGUAUUCCCAGUUCUCUGUGUAUCCUAUAAACAACCUGACAGAAAUACCCAGGAACAGCUAGAAAACAUGGCUAUAGUUUGCAGUGUGGUAAGUCCUAGAUAGCACAUCUUCAGAACAUGGGAGACAUUUGAACAAUGCAUUUAUUUGUUUUCAUGAUUUACAGCAUUUUACACAUCCAAUGGAGUCCGUUAAAUAAGAGGACACUGGAUAGUAAUUCUACAGUCUCUCAAGAGGAUGAUACAUCAGUAGUACAUGUCACAGUGGCUUGCAUACACAACAACCACAGAAUGUACACAAUUUGUGUCCAUUCAGUGAAAUUAACCUUUUUUAUUCUUAUCACAGUCCCUUCUGUCUGACCUGUCUUUAAAUAGGAUUAAGGGAAAUGCCAUUCUAGGGAAAGUGUUCCAGCUUCAGAAUGUCCUGUUGAUAUUGAUUUACCCUUUAAAGGUCUACACUGAUUUGCCAUCUUGUUGGUAGCAGGUGUAUAUUGCAGAACAUGAAGGGGUUUCUAGCACUGUGUUGGACAAUGAGAUUAAAGCACUGUUUUCAGGUCCAGCAAGGUGUGGUCUGAGAACCACGUUUGUGUUGGUGUCUCUCCAGAAUUACCGUUCAUUUUUUUCUGUUUUUGACACUCUGUUUCAGUCUUUAUCUACCUGCUUUGUCUCACUUGUCCUCAAAUACGCCACAAAAAAAUUCACCACCUUUGACCAGA